AGGUCACCGGAAUGUUUGUUUCGCCACGUGUUUCACGUGAGCGAAUUCUCCGGAUCAGUCUUUUCUGUAUGUAUGCGGGUACACGCGUUGGCUGGCUCGCCAUCCAAUGGUUUAUUUCUACAGACGUCGCUGCGAUGUGCUUAUGUUUACGUAAAGUAUCUAUAUGCUGACAUUAAUUGCUAGACGACUUGUGGCUCAGUAUUACAUCGAAACUGUUCCGAACUGAUUAUCUACAACUUACUGAUUUGCCAGGAGGAGAUCUGCACCAGCUUGUGUAAAAGUGCAUGAGGCAGUGUGAGAGUAAGCGUGCUACAAUGGCUUCCUGUUACACUCCCCUUUUGUUUUGAUACCACUCCUAGUUUAACAGAAGCAAAAUACCACCAUCAGUUUAAUAAGUUAUAACAAUGAUCCGUAAGCAAAGGAGCCAAGGGAAGCAAGCCUGUUGGUGAAGCUCUCACAAAUAAUUGCUAGCUCUCAUCUGGAAACCUAGGCAGACAAAGCACGGAACACCCCCCACUGAGAGACCCCAUUGAAAGGCCGGUGCAGCGAGCAUCAUGGUGGAGCUGGUAUCUGGCCAAGAGGGCAGCCUACUCCCCAAAACCCCAGAGUCACAGCGAUGGAGGUGGCCAGUGGCUCUGCUCUGCUUCUACGGCUUCCUGGUGCAACUGAAGCCUGGGGAGCCCUUCAUUACGCCCUACCUGCUCAGCCCUGAAAAGAACUUCACCCAAGAGCAGGUGACCAAUGAGAUCAACCCAGUGCUGUCGUACUCCUAUAUGGCAGUUCUGGUUCCAGUCUUCCUGUUGACAGACUUCCUGCGCUACAAGCCAGUUCUGGUUCUGCAGAGUCUGAGUCACAUUUCCAUCUGGCUGCUGCUGGUUCUGGGCACCACCCUGCUGCAGAUGCAGUUGAUGGAGUUCUUCUACGGCAUCACCAUGGCGGCGCGUGUAGCCUACUCCUCUUACAUCUUCUCACUGGUGCCUUCUGAGUUGUACCAGCGCGUGGCGGGGUACUCGCGCUCUGCGGUCCUGCUUGGUGUCUUCUCCAGCUCAGUGCUGGGCCAGCUAUGUGUAUCCCUGGCCGGCCUGUCCUUCCAGAAACUGAGUUCCAUUUCCCUGGCCUUUGUCAGCAUCAGCCUGCUUCUGGCUGUCUCCCUCCCUUGGCCUCGUCGCAGCAUGUACUUCAACUUGGCAAAGCAUGAAGCCAGGUCAAAGCUGGCCCCUGUGAAACCUGGCAGCUCUCCUCCUGCCUCCUCCUGCUGCCCGCUGUCACGCUUCAGGAGCUCCAUGCUCUUCCAGAUGUUGAAGGAGCUCCGUAACGUGGUCAAGGUGCCAGGCCUGCGACUCUGGUGCCUCUGGUGGAUCUUCAAUUCCACUGGGUAUUACCUGGUGCUUUUUUAUGCGCACGUCCUGUGGAACAAGGUGUACCCAGCUACUGAGAACAAGAAAGUCUACAACGGUGCGGUGGAGGCAGCCUCUACCCUGCUUGGGGCCAUGACAUCCUUUGUGGCCAGCUUUGUGAAGAUCCGAUGGAGCCUGUGGUCGGAGCUGUUGAUUGGCAUCAUCACGGCCCUACAGGCCAGCCUGCUGCUCCUUAUGGGUACUACAGACAGUAUUUGGGCCUGCUACAUUGCAUACACUCUCUUCAGGGGCCUCUACCAGUUCCUGGUGCCCAUUGCUAUCUUCCAAAUCGCCUCGGCUCUCUCCAAGGAGCUGUGUGCUCUAGUGUUUGGAGUGAACACCUUUCUGGGAACCAUCUUGAAGACCAUCAUCACCAUCAUCGUGGUGGACAAGCGGGGGCUUGGACUGGCUGUUCACCCCCAGUUCAUGGUUUAUUUUUUUUACUUCGCCCUGCUCACCUUGGUCUACUUGACUUGUGCUGCCUGGGUCAUUGCCAAACACAAAUGUGAGUGGAGAGAUGGCAGGGCCACUGCUGAAGCCAUGCCCACUGAGCUCACCCCCAUGGAGACCACUGCCACAGACCAAGAUCCACUGCCCAGUGUGCCGAGGAACCGAGACACCUGGGGAUCCAGUGGAUAGUGACCUCAAAUGCCUUAAGAGUAUUAUUGCCUACAGAAUAUCGCUGAUAGGUUUUUAAGGUUAAUCUUUGAAUAACCUGUAAAAAGCGCUGCUCUAGUCAACAGAAACAUAAUCUAAGAGUAGUACAAAGUGUUUAGCUGACAGGUUGAAAUAACUAUAUAGUAUUAAAGUGUUAAGGAGUGUGUCCCCUCCUGUUACUCAGUUAUAAAAAUUAAAUCAGUAUAGGUUUAUAAUGCAACAUUUAUGCUUUUGAUGUGUGGGGACCAAAAUCAGUAAUGAAAGUGAUAUUUUGAAUGAACUUUCUCAGUUUUAUGGUUAUAGAAUGUUUCUGCACUCAUAUAUAAUGAACCACUUUGUGGUAUUCUGCUGUUUUUUUAGUUAUUUGGUGUGAGAUGUAAAAUAUAUUUUUUCAAGUAAAUCAUAACUUCAGGAGUCUGUUUCAGAUUGCCAAACAACACAGAAAUGUGAACAGAGAGCCUCUGCUCUUGGAUUUAUCGAGUGUCACUGCCAUGAGAUACAGUUUGUGACAUGGCUGCAACAUGUGAAUGCUGCUUCAUCCACGCACACCUCCACCUUAACUGUGAAUCUGUACUUAACAUGGUGGCAGUAAAAGUGCCUGAUUUCUAUA